ACGGAAGAAUGUCACCAUUGGCGUGCUCAACAACCCGUCAUCGCAAUUUCCAUUUCAUAUCUCUUCUUCUCUUCUUCGUGAAAAGCACUCACUUCAACCGUCAUCCCCUUCAUCUUUAUUCUUUCUUUCCAACAUGAGUUUUCUUAAUUCUUCAUCACUCACAUCUUCCAUCACUCUCCCAACUAGCGUCCAAAACAACUGGGCCGCCGUCGGUCUUGCUUUCUUGUCUGCUGGUGCAGUCUUUGGCGUUUCGAGAACCUUCAUUUCCUCCUCAAGAUCCACCUACAUAAUAAAUUCUAGCGGUGAACGCUUGCCCCAUGCUGAUGAAGACACUCGCUUUUCUCGCUUCAGCCAUGGCAAGGAGCUGGGUGACCGUCUCGUAAAAGAGCUCGGUCCAAUUUACACCUUCCAGUCAGGGACUUUGCGCGAACUCGUUCUGACUCAACCUGAAGACAUCAAAGUUUACUACAGAGAUGCAUUGGGCAAGGACGAGUCAAAAGCUCACAUCAAGUCACUUGCCAUAAGCUUUGGAGAUUACAUGCGUCGUUUCCUGAGUCAGUCAGUCGGCUUCAAGUUUGGAAACGACUGGAAGCGAAUCCGUGAUGCAGUCGACCCUCAUUUCAUUCGGAAAAUGGCGCUGGACGCUGUUCCGAAUAUGAAGAUCGACUACGACUCGUGGAUGAAGGCUCUGCGCGGUAACGCAGCCGCCGUUGCCAAAGGCUCGAGCCCAAAUGACCCAUUCGAAAUUGAGGCUGUCGCUGCAACGAAAGAACUCCCUUUCAAAGCUAUUGCAAAGUCGAUCUACGGUGAGACGCUGAAUGACAAGUGGUACGAGCGUCUCUGGGAACUGCACAUGAUCCACGAGCGGGUAAUGGCAAACGCAAUUGGCAACAAAAACGCGACAAAAGCAUGGUACCGAUUCUUCCCAACUCAGGCCAACAAGGAUCUGCGAGCAUUCAAGAACGGUUACAAGGCUUUCAACUUUGAAAUCGUCGCCGAAUCUGAAAAGUUGGGUUAUGAUACUGUUGCCGUCAGGAUGUACGGGAGUGUGGCGGAUGGACUGAUCUCAGAAGAUGAGUUUAACCAAACGCUCGACGAGAUCCUUUUCGCAAACAUCGAUGUUACCUCUGUCGCUCAAGCUUGGUUCCUCCUCGACAUCGGCAAGUACCCCGACAUACAGGAGCGUCUACGUGCCGAAGUCGCUUCCGUUGACGAGUACGACCCCAAAGCCGUCGCCGACUACCUCUCCUCCACCACAAACCUCAUGCACCUCGUCCACUCCGAAUCCGCCAGACUGCACCCCAUCCUGUGGUACAACAUCCCCGAAGUUAUCUCGGUUGAGAAGAACAUUGGUGGCUACCACAUUCCUAGAGGAACAUCCGUCUGCAUCUCCACCUACCACGUCAACACCAACCCCGCCAUCUGGGGCUCCGACUCAACCUCUUUCCGCCCCGAACGAUUCAAGGAAAUCUCCUCAAGUCAGUACCGACACGCAUUCUGGCGCUACGGGCUGGGCCCACGCCAAUGUCUCGGAAAGAACUUUGCCCCACUCAUCGUCAAACUCGUCGCCUUGAAAGUUCUCAAGACACACCGGAUCGAGACCGUCACCGACGUUGACUUUGACAGGAUGCAGUUCACGGUGACGCCCAAAGCUGCGCUGCGGUUCACCCCUCUUCGCAUGAGCUUCUUGUCUUGAUUGGGAAGGAGGAAAGCAAGGAGGACUUUUUUGUGUGCAGGUGGAAUUAUUGUAUUCAGCUAGUCUGAGAAUUGUUUAUAGUCGUCUAUCCUUUGGGCCUUUAUAUAAUUUAUAACAUUUCUUUUCAACACC